AUGGCAGCCGACGAAAAGGCCGACGCUCAGUUCCAUGAGACGGUCCCCACGCGCGAUGGAGACGUGGGCGAUGCCAUUGAACUGGCCCAGCAAGCCGCUUCGGCCAAGUACAGCCCAUGGACCCCGAGUAUGUUCCGGCUGUAUGGCUGUUUGACCGUCGCGUAUCUCUGUGGCUGUCUGAAUGGCUACGAUGGAUCGCUCAUGGGCAGUUUGAACGCGAUGCACAGCUAUCUGGACUACUUUCAUAUGAAAUCCGCGGGUUCGAGUACAGGUCUCGUCUUCGCCCUCUACAACAUCGGUUCCAUCCCGGCGGUGGUCCUUUCGGGUCCCGUCAAUGACUAUCUGGGCCGCCGCGCGGGCAUGUUCACCGGCGCCGUUAUCAUCAUCAUCGGCACAUGCAUCCAAGCCCCUUCGGUCAACCAUGGUAUGUUUAUGGCCGGUCGAUUCAUCCUCGGGUUCGGCGUCAGUUUCUGCUGUGUCAGUGCGCCGUGCUACGUUAGCGAAAUGGCGCAUCCGGCCUGGAGAGGCACUCUGACCGGUCUAUACAACUGUACCUGGUAUAUCGGCUCGAUUGUCGCGAGUUGGGUGUCAUACGGCUGUGCCAACAUCGAGAGCCAUAUUGGGUUCCGUAUCCCCAUCUGGUGCCAGCUUAUCUCGUCAGUGAUUGUCGCCGUCGGAGUCUGGUUUCUACCGGAAUCACCACGCUGGCUCAUGGCGCAGGAUCGCGUCGAGGAUGCCGUUAACGUGCUGGCCACCUACCACGGAGAAGGCGACCGUAAUCAUCCCAUGGUGACACUUCAGAUCAAGGAGAUGGGGCAUCAGAUUAUGACCGACGGCUCGGACAAGAAAUGGUGGGAGUACCGGGAGCUGUUCAACACGCACUCUGCCCGUCGACGGCUGAUCUGUGUCGUUGGUAUGGCGUGCUUUGGACAGCUGUCCGGUAACUCGGUGACCUCGUACUAUCUGCCCAACAUGGUGGCCAACGCCGGAAUCAACGAUGAAAAGACCAAGCUGAUGCUCAACGGCAUCUACCCAGCCAUUUGCCUGGUGGCAGCGGUCACUGGGGCCCGGUUGACCGACAAGAUUGGCCGUCGUCCCUUGAUGAUUUACUCGCUGCUGUUCUGCUCGGUGGCCUUUGCCAUCAUCACGGGAACCUCGAAGAUGGCGUCAGACAAUCCGGAUAACAGCAAUGCGGCCAACACGGCGAUCGCAUUCAUCUACCUGUUCGGUAUCGUCUUCUCGUUUGGCUGGACCCCGUUGCAGAGCAUGUACAUUGCCGAGACUCUCACGACAACCACCCGGGCCAAGGGUACGGCCUUUGGAAAUCUCAUGUCCAGCAUCAGCAGCACCAUCAUCCAAUAUGCGUCCGGCCCGGCGUUUGACAAGAUCCACUACUACUUCUACCUGGUGUUUGUGGGCUGGGAUCUGAUCGAGGCGGUAGUCAUCUGGUUCUACUUCCCUGAAACGAAGGAACGGACUCUCGAGGAACUGGCCGAGGUGUUUGAGGCGCCCAAUCCGGUCAAGAAGAGUCUGCAGAAGAGAGAUAUCAACUCUGUCUUGAACACUCUGGAGGUUCAGGGGGACACUAAAGCGUAG